AAAAUGCAAAAAACAUACAAACAUAUAGAUUUCAAAGAUGAAAGCAACAAAUAUGGUAUCCACUUUUUUCAUAUAGAUGAGGUGUCUCACUUUGUUCUGAUCCAAAACAAACAUAGCAUUCACAAAAUCCAUAGCCUUAGAACUUUAUAACCUAUCUAUCUCAACUUGUUUAUUUUUCUAAUGGGAGAGAGUUCUUUGAACCUUUUAGAAAGUGCAACAAAAAACAUCAAAAUGGAAGAAGAAGAAGAAGUUGAAAGAGAAGAAGAACAAGAAAUAGAUCCAGAAAGUAACAAUCCAUUAAACCAGAGAUUGAUCAAGAGGAGUAGAACACUAUCAUCAAGUCCACUUGCUCUUGUUGGUGAAAAAGUUUCCUACAUAGAAAGCUUAGAUUAUGAGACUAAUGAGAAUGAUCUAUUCAAAGAUGGUUGGAGAAGUAGAUCAAGAAUUGAAGUAUUACAAUACAUAUUCAUGAAAUGGGUGCUUGCAUUUCUUGUUGGACUUCUCACUGGUAUUAUAGCUACUCUUAUAAAUCUUGCUGUUGAGAACAUUGCUGGAUACAAGUUUUUGGCUGUUCUUAAAUUCAUCAAUAGAGAAAGGUACUUGGAAGGUUUCCUAUAUUUCAUGGGAAUUAAUUUCGUUUUAACAUUUGUUGCUGCUAUUCUGUGUGUGUGUUUUGCACCCACAGCAGCUGGUCCUGGAAUACCUGAAAUCAAAGCUUAUCUUAAUGGUGUUGAUACACCUAACAUGUUUGGUGCUACAACAAUGAUUGUUAAGAUAAUUGGAAGCAUUGGAGCUGUCUCUGCAGGCCUAGAUCUUGGAAAAGAAGGACCCUUGGUACAUAUAGGAAGUUGCAUAGCUUCCUUACUAGGCCAAGGAGGCCCUGACAAUUACAAAGUCAAAUGGCGCUGGCUGCGAUAUUUCAACAAUGAUCGUGACCGUCGGGAUCUUAUUACCUGUGGUGCAUCUUCAGGAGUUUGUGCAGCGUUCAGGUCCCCUGUUGGUGGAGUUCUUUUUGCCCUUGAAGAGGUAGCAACCUGGUGGAGAAGUGCUCUUCUAUGGAGAACCUUUUUUUGCACAGCUGUGGUGGUGGUAAUUCUUAGGGCCUUCAUUGAAAUCUGCAACUCCGGGAAAUGUGGCCUUUUCGGUGCAGGCGGGCUGAUCAUGUUUGAUGUUAGCAAUGUUACUGUUAGGUACCAUGUGAUGGAUAUCCUCCCUGUUGCAGUCAUUGGAAUCAUAGGUGGAUUAUUGGGAAGCCUUUAUAAUCAUCUUCUACACAAGGUCCUCAGACUCUACAAUCUAAUCAAUCAGAAAGGAAAAAUGCAUAAACUCCUUCUCAGUCUUGCGGUAGUACUAUUCACGUCAGCAUGUCAAUAUGGUCUCCCGUUCCUAGCAAAAUGCACCCCUUGUAAUCCAUCACUUCCAGAGUCAGAACUCUGCCCCACGAAUGGAAGGUCUGGAAAUUUCAAACAAUUCAAUUGCCCACCUGGCCACUACAACGAUCUUGCUACUCUACUGCUUACGACUAAUGACGAUGCUGUUCGAAACAUAUUCUCAAGUAACACACCUCAUGAAUAUCAAACCUCCUCCCUCUUAAUUUUCUUUGCACUGUAUUGCAUAUUAGGACUGAUUACUUUCGGAAUUGCUGUGCCGACUGGACUCUUCCUCCCAAUCAUCCUUAUGGGCUCGGCUUACGGCCGCCUUGUUGGUAUGUUAAUGGGACCUCAUACAAAAAUUGACCAAGGACUGUUUGCUGUACUUGGUGCAGCCUCCCUCAUGGCUGGUUCCAUGAGGAUGACUGUAUCCCUUUGUGUGAUUUUCCUUGAACUUACCAGCAAUCUGCUUCUACUGCCAAUAACAAUGAUUGUUCUCCUAAUAGCCAAAACUGUUGGAGAUUGCUUCAACCCAAGCAUCUAUGAGAUUAUACUGCAUUUAAAAGGUCUUCCUUUCAUGGAUGCAAAUCCUGAGUCAUGGAUGAGAAACCUCACUGUCGGCGAGCUUGUAGAUGUAAAGCCAGCAGUGAUUUCCCUCCAAGGAGUAGAAAAGGUAUCCAAGAUAGUAGAUGUAUUGAAAAAUACUACACAUAAUGGUUUCCCGGUGAUGGAUGAUGGGGUAGUGCCACCAGUAGGACAGGUCAAUGGGGCAACGGAACUGCAUGGACUAAUUUUAAGAGCUCACCUUAUCCAAGCAUUAAAGAAGAGGUUCUUCUUGAAAGAGAGAAGAAGAACAGAGGAAUGGGAAGUGAGAGAGAAAUUUACCUGGGUAGAGCUGGCCGAGAGAGAAGGGAAAAUUGAAGAGGUGGCUAUAACAAGGGAAGAAAUGGAGAUGUUUGUUGAUCUACAUCCUCUCACCAAUACAACUCCAUUUACUGUGCUAGAGAGCAUAUCAGUUGCAAAGGCAAUGAUCCUCUUCAGGCAAGUUGGACUUCGUCAUCUGCUUGUAGUUCCGAAAUAUCAGGCAUCAGGGGUAUGCCCUGUAAUCGGGAUAUUGACCAGACAGGAUCUACUGGCCUACAACAUUCUGACGGUCUUUCCUCACCUGGCAAAAUCUAAGAACAGACAGAAGAGAAAUUGAAGAUUUCCUAGUCAUGGAAUGGCCAACCACUUUCUUGGGACAAUUAAAGUUAUUCCAAAGUUUUGUAUUCUUGAAUCAAAAGCAUGGAGAUGGAUAUGAUACAAAUGAGAUGAAAAACUAUAUCCAUUAAAUUAUUUCUGUAGAGUUUAUCAAAUAAUGAAACAAAAUUCCUUUUUCGAUCAGUACAAAACUAGACUGCGACUAAA